GGGGCAGACGCGGGCAGCCAGCGUCCCUGGGCGAGGAAGAUGCUGCCGAUCGGGAAGACCACGAAACAGGGCAAAAGGGGUAUUUUAGAGCGCUUAGAUGCUGGAGAAAUUGUGAUUGGAGAUGGAGGAUUUGUCUUUGCUCUUGAAAAGAGGGGAUAUGUAAAAGCUGGGCCUUGGACUCCUGAAGCAACGGUAGAACACCCAGAAGCAGUUCGUCAGCUUCACCGGGAAUUCCUCAGAGCUGGAUCCAAUGUUCUGCAGACAUUCACCUUUUAUGCCAGUGAGGACAAACUAGAAAACAGGGGCAAUUAUGUAGCUGAGAAAAUAAGUUGCCAGAAAGUGAAUGAAGCUGCUUGUGACAUUGCAAGAGAAGUGGCUAAUGAAGGUGAUGCUUUAGUGGCUGGAGGAGUCAGUCAAACACCAUCAUACUUAAGCUGCAAGGAUAAAGCAGAGGUUAAAGCAGCCUUUCGAAAGCAACUAGAUGUCUUUAUGAAGAAGAAUGUGGACUUCCUAAUUGCAGAGUAUUUUGAACAUGUUGAAGAGGCUGUCUGGGCAGUUGAAGUUCUAAAAGAAUCUGGAAAGCCAGUUGCAGCCACGAUGUGCAUUGGUCCAGAAGGAGACAUGCAUGGCGUGCCCCCUGGACAAUGUGCUGUCCAACUGGUAAAGGCUGGUGCUUCUAUUGUUGGAGUCAACUGCCAUUUUGAUCCAGAUACUUCCCUGGAAACCGUGAAACUGAUGAAAGAGGGCUUGCAGGCUGCUAAACUGAAAGCCCACCUGAUGUCCCAACCACUUGCUUUCCAUACACCUGAUUGUGGAAAGCAGGGUUUUAUUGAUCUUCCAGAAUUUCCCUUUGGUCUGGAGCCAAGAAUUGUAACCAGAUGGGAUAUUCAAAAAUAUGCAAGAAAGGCCUAUGACUUAGGAAUUCGUUACAUUGGAGGUUGCUGUGGAUUUGAGCCAUAUCAUGUCCGAGCAAUAGCUGAGGAGCUGGCUCCUGAAAGAGGAUUUUUGCCAGAAGCUUCUGAGAAACAUGGUAGCUGGGGUGAUAGCCUGAGCAUGCAUACCAAACCCUGGGUCAGAGCAAGGGCAAGAAAAGAAUACUGGGAGAAUCUGAAGCCUGCUUCAGGCAGGCCAUAUUGUCCUUCAAUGUCAAAGCCAGAUGGCUGGGGAGUGACCAAAGGAGCCAGGGAGCUGAUGCAACAGAAAGAAGCAACAAGUGAACAACAGCUGAAGGAGCUCUUUCAGAAACAGAAGUUCUAAUCCACUGCAGUUGUGUAAAUGUUAGAAUGAUUUAUCUAUAGAACAUCUCAUGCUUCACGAGAAAAUCUAUGAAGAUGAGCACCCUGUUGAUUUAUCAGUUAACAUGUAAUGAAAGAGGCAAAAUACAGAAAGAAUGUGAUUACAGAUUAAAUAUGUCAAACUUUGAUAAUAAAAUCUUUCUCUAGACAAAUAGUUUAGAGAAUACACAGUCAGAAGGAGGUUUGGUUUCUCCUAAAAACUGAGCUUCUGUUAGCUAGGUGCCAUUAAUUUGGUAGACACAGAAAUACAUGGAAAGUAAUAUUUGGCUCAACUCACCUGUGAAAAGAGAAAAAGCCAUCUAUAAAUACAGUAUCAAUGGACUUCCACUCCUGAGUCUGUUUUCAGUUUGGGAUUAUGUAGGAGCUUCCUCAGACCUCAAGAUUUGUUGAGGACUACUUCAGGAACACACAAAUUGCCAAUGUUUCAAACUCAGAGUUAUCUAUAGUCGCUUUCUUGACUUCAAGAGAAUAAAGUAAACUGGAAAAUACACGUUAGAAUUGGAAUCAAAAGAUAAGGAGAAUGAGAUCUUGCAGGAAUUUCUUAUAUGCAGGAGAAAGGUUCAGAGAACUUUUAGAAAAGAAAAAUGACAGGUAAAUAACUCACUGGUUUUGGCGCAAGAUACAGUGUACACAAGAUUUUCUCCUCUGGAGACUAAAAUGCUUAAGAGAUUAUGCUGAAAUUUUAAAAAACAUCAAAUUAAUUAAAAGUAAUAUGAUGGAAUAGUAUCGUAUUAUCUUCACACCUUAAAUCAUAAGAGCUCAAACAGUAUAACAUACCUCCAGUAAACAACUAAUUUUCAAGUGAUCUAGCUGAUUUCUGGAUAUCUUAUUGGAAACACUUGGUUAUCUCAAAAUAGCACUUAAAAACUGAAGCUUCCUAAAAUAUAACUCCUGUUUAUAAGAGUAGUAGAACAUUCCAUGAUUUUUUUUAAGCUGACUGAUUCACUCUAGAAUCUUAGCUAUAAGACGACAUGAAAAACUGUUAGGAAAUAGAUCAAUCCACCUAGGUUAAGAAAACCCAUGGACAUUUGUACACUGAAUUUGUUGAGAAGGGUUUUCUUAGGAAGUGUAUCACUACACCUGAAACCCAUAAAGAACACAUUUCCAUAGUUUAUUUUUGUGAAAUACCACACAACUUAGAUUUCUCUCUAGAAUCUCAUUCCCACCCAUUCUACGUUAAAGCCACUACCUUUAUGAAAAGGUCAUUCUCAAAGUUAGUGUUGAAAGCUUUUGUUGGACUACUUUCUAUGUUUAAGCUUAUUUCAUUAUUUCUAUCCAUGUUGAUAUUCUGCAGUUCAGGAAACAUUUAAAUAUGCAGCACUUUAAUGGGAAACUUCAGGUAUCCUUUUCAGACUGUUAUUGGCAGACAGAGUUUAGAAAAAGCCAUCUGCCUUCCCCAAGCUCAUAACACAUUGAAAUAGUUACUACCUGGAAAUUUUGCCUGAAAGCCAA